AAAAGUAACGUAUAUUGAAAAUACCAUAUUUGAUUUGAAAAUACUGAAUUUUAUCGAUAACUGGCGCGACGAUAACUCUUGCUGAGAAUUCGGGGAUCGGUCACACUGCCGCACGUCGUAGAAAGGAAAGCAACUGUCCGAAAUUCCCGAUGAGCUUCUGGCCACCAGGAGAAGGAUUUGCUGGUGCAGCAGGACCACCACCAGCAUCAGGUAACAUGGCUUCGAUUCCGCCAACAGGCCUGCCCUCUGGCCAAACCCAACCGAUUAAUUCGCCGCUUCUACCACCACCGCCAACAGGGCAGAAUAUAGCCCCAACCGGAGCUUUCCCAGGCUCUUUGACACCAGGCUGGAACGAUCCGCCACCAAUUAGUGGCGGUGCAAUGGCCAGCGGUGGCGAUACGCGUCGCCCACGCCUCGAUCUACGCAAACGCGUGGCCCAUCCGUUGAGCGGACAACAGUAUCAACAACCACAAUCAAAUUUCCCAGCUCCAGCUCUUGAUCAGGGCUCGCCACGCCCAGUGGCCAUGGUGCCGCCCCAACGUCAACUUCCAGUCCAGAAUCACGGUAGCUUCGGGGUAGGCGCCGGUGCCGGGAUGGCCGAUGCUAGUGGAUUUAGCGGCAUUGGAGGAGUUGAAUCGCCAGGAGGGAAUGUGAGCCGACCGCCGCCAUUGGCUUCUGAGCUGAUUGCCAAUCCGUCCAAGGUGCCAGUGGCUAUCAUUCCACCACGGGCGAAAUAACACCAAGCCAAGAUCAGACCGUAGAUGAUAGUUCGUAGGUUAGAAACCCCAAAUCAAAUCCUUGUGUUCUGGGCGGGAAUGAAAAUACAUAUUUUUUCUAUGUAAAUCAAUUAAGUAAAAAGAUUUAAAAAAAAAUACAAACGAAACGAAAGAGGCUGCAAUGGCGCCUUAUUAUUUAU